AUGCAAGUGAUGGAUCUCUUUGAAUUAAAUAAUCAUUUCUACAAUGAUGAUCCAGAUGUUCCUUUCUGGGAGACUUGCAAUAAUAAAGAGAACUCAUCAAAGUUUUGGAUGAAGAAAAAGGAAUAAGUGGCAAUCCCCUAAUUGAGGGGCCAUUAAAACACAGAGAUGACCCAACUUUCAACAGACAAUUGGAUAUUCAAACGUUAUAUCUAAGAAGAAUACACAACUAUUAUAAAAGUGGAGGUGAAUUCUCAGACUAUAGAUUACUUGUGUCUAAAGUAGGCUAUCAUUUCUUCAGAUUAGACCAAAAAAAGAAGUGCAAUUUAGAGUGGUAGGAUAUCAUUUAAGCUCUAUGCAAUCGUCGCAGAGAAGAGAGCAGUGAUGAAUUGA